AUCCACAAAGAUUGCACUCUCAAAUCGUAGCAGAGAGAAGUGAUCACUCUCACUCAACUCUCCUCCACUCAUGGCUCUAACCAUAGCCAACAGUGGCACCACCAACGGCGGAGCCAGAGCCCUUUACAGAAGCUCCACCACACACCCCUACACCAACCUCUCCUCCCAACGCCACGUCCUCUUCCCUCGUCUCUCCCCAAGAAGAACCCUCCACGUGGUGUCCGCCAAGCGCUUCACCUCCCGAACCGGGAGGCUCGACAACAAUAACAACAAGAGGAGCAACACCACGACCAAAGACCAAGAACAAGACCAACGUACUGCGGAGAUUGAAAGCCUCGCUGCGGAGAACAUUGACGAUGGCUACUUCUUGCCUAAGCUUCCGGGAGAUGAGCCGGAUUUCUGGGAAGGUGAACAGUGGGACGGUCUUGGGUUCUUCGUGGAGUACUUGUGGGCUUUUGGUUUUGGCUUUGCGCUUAUUGCAGCAAUUGCAGCUGUUGCUACAUUCAAUGAAGGGGCAACUGAUUUCAAGGAGACUCCUACUUACAAAGAUGCUAUCCAGUCCCGCGAGUUGCUAGAAGAACCAGAGGGAUCAGGCCCUGAUGUCUUUGAAUCCAACCCUACUGAAGUGGCUCCUAGUUUGGAAUAGUAGUCUUUGUAGAAUGAAAGAACAAUCACCUCUACAUCAGAUGAUACAUGAUACAGUCCUAGGCAAAGAAACACUGUGUAAGGCAAUGUUCAAUAGAUAAAAAACUUUAUUUUUCUCAAGGCUUUCUGAAUUGUAUUUGAUUAUCUGUUGCGGUUGCGAUACACAAUCGGUUCUGAGUGUUGAGCUCUUAAGCACGUUGUCGAAAUAUCUAUCAAUGUAGUUUUCUUUCACACUGUUAAUCUAAGAUCUUAGCUUUCUCAGGGAAAUUCUUUUGACUAAAUUUGUAGUUGAAGGAGUU